UGGCACAGCUGAUGUGAUUCAUUUGUGUUUUCAUCCUGUCACCUAACAAAGUCGUGACAGAUUCCCACGGAUUGCGGUUUCUGAAUUAUUUUUAAUAAAAUUCCUUUCACUCGUUUGAUUCGUGAUUAACGUGUAAUAACUGUCGCCAUGCAAGACAACCGGCCGGAACUCUACGAGGAGGUGAAAUUAUACCGACACGCUCGCGAACGUGAGAAGUACGAUAACAUGGCAGACCUGUACGCCUUGAUCAAUACUUUGCAGAAUCUCGAAAAAGCGUACAUUUGGGAUUGCAUUACGCCACAGGAAUACACGGCAGCCUGCUCCAAGUUCCUCGUCCAAUACAAGGUCGCAUUCAAGCAAGUGCAAAGCGAUGAGUUUCCCACCGUCGAUGCGUUCGUUAAGAAGUUCCGCCUGGACUGUCCCGCGGCCCUCGAACGGAUCAAGGAGGAUCGCCCCAUUACCAUCAAAGACGACAAGGGCAACACGAGCAAGUGCAUUGCAGACAUUGUAUCGCUGUUCAUCACGAUAAUGGACAAACUGCGGCUGAAGAUCAAGAGCAAAGACGAAUUGCAUUUCGAACUCAAGGACCUGGUCGACACCAUGCACCGACUCUCAUUGAUUCCCGAGGACUUCGAGGCAAAGGCAAAAGUUGAGACGUGGCUCUCUACGCUGAACGCAAUGCAGGCAUCCGACGAACUGGCCGACUCGCAGGUCCGCCAGUUUCUUUUCGAUUUGGAAUCGGCGUAUGCGGCCUUUAAUAAGCUUUUGCACAGCGGGUAGGGGAGAGGCCCUUUCUGUGCACACAUUGUGGAUUGUAUGCGCGACCACUGUUUCGGCCGGCAUUUGGCGAUCUUUAGGUUUAAUUUUAUAUUGUUAAUGGAAAGUUAAUAAAAAUAGUUCGUAUUCUAA